AGUUUCUCCCCCUGAUCGCAUAAAUUCAUUUUUUCUCAUUUCUAUCUCGUAAAAAUCAGGACAAGUGGCUAUUUGAUGCAGCCAUCAAAGGUGACACAGCUGUUCUUUCUCAGUUGUUGGUAGGAGAUCCGUACAUCAUUGAUAGAAACUAUUUGAGUUGUGAAGAUAAGAAUAUUGUUCACAUUAGUGCGACGUUGGGGCAUGAAGAAUUUGUGAAAGCAGUUCUACAGGUGAAUUGCUCUUCUUGUUUUCGCAUGUGUUUGGCUAGGGAUCGAGAUGGGCGAAACCCUCUACACCUUGCUGCCAUCAGUGGAAAAUUGAACAUCUUGAACUUGAUAAAUCAUCAUAUUUGGUUGAUGCAAGCUGCUCGCGAGAAGGCGGCCGAAGAGGGCGGAAACAUUCUUCAUCUUUGUGUCAAGUAUAAUCAGUUGGUAGCCCUGAAAUUCCUAUUGCAGAUCUUCGGCACCGAUCUGGAGUUUGUAAGUGCAAAAAAUGAUGAUGGUAUGACCAUCUUGCAUCUAGCUAUGCACUAUAACCAAAAUCAGGCAAGGAGACAAAUCAUAAUUUACUUGAUAGAGAACACCCCCGAAAUUAUUAACAUAAAGAAUGCUGAUGGAAAAACAAUAUUGGACAUUUUUCUGGGGAUGGCUAAAUUAAAAUCGUAUCAAUUUGCAAGGCUCAGAAAAGAUGAAAGGCUUUUACAUGAAUUGGAAAGAAGCGGAGGAAUUGCAGCUUCUCUGCUCAAGUCCCAAGCAUCAACAGGUAACCAUAUGUCCAUUUCACGAGUUCUGAACAAUCUACGAGAGACUCUUGAGAAGAGUAUAAAUGCGAUAAUGGUUUUGGCCUCGCUCACUGCAACUAUGGCUUUUCAAGCCAUGGUAAGCCCUCCAGGUGGCGUUUGGCAAGACGAUUUAUCCGAAGGUCCUAAUCCACACAGAGCCGGGCAAAGUGUGUUUGCACAAACUGAACCAAAAUACUACAGGCAGUUGCUGGCGUACAACACGAUAUCGUUUGCAUUGUCUUUGUCCACUAUUUUAAUCCUGUUGUACAGUGAACUGGCGAUAAACUCACUAUAUAUGCUCAUUGUUUUGUCAAGUUCUAUUACGUGCUCGGUGGUGUCAAUUUCUGUUGCUUAUGGUCUUUCACUUGCGACCAUAGUGCCGGAAUCGGUGAGAUGGCAUUUGAAAGCGGACACGGCGGCUGUGGUGGUUUUGUUGAUGGUUUUGAGUGUUGUGGUGAUCUUUAAUGUGCCCCUCAUGCCUCAAGAUGUUGCUUUUGUAAGGUUACGCCGUUCCUACUCUUUCAGACGGGAUCGACAGAAAUUGACUGAGGCUCUCUUGCUCGCGGACCAAUCAAUUUGACUAAGCAGCCAAUUAAUGUGGUCUUAUAUCACGUCUCCAAAUAAUUUUCUAAUCUUUGUACUCUCUCUAUCCAAAU